AUCUUUUAUCUAAUGAGUUACUCUCUCUGUCUCAAAAUAUAAGAGAAAAUUGGUCAAAAUAUUUUAAAAUAUUAGUGUCACUAAAAUUUAUUGAUAUGAAUUAAAUCCAAUAUUAAUUAGUUUAGUCCUAUAUAUAUUUCUCAAUUUGUUCAUUCAAUUUAUUUAUUUAUUUAUUUAUAGACUUUUGUUUUGUUGUCACCCUGUCACUACUUCUUUCUUCUACUCUCUUUUCUCUUCAAUUCUCUCAAUUCACCACAACCAAACACUACACUUUUCUCUGUUUGUUUUUUUUCUUCACUUGUCAAAUUUUUAUUCUUUCUGCAACUUGGAAGAGAAAUAAAUUUGUUGGUAUCUGAUAAUUUUUUCACACAUGGAGAAAGAAUUCCUUGGCUUCAGUUCCAAAAACAGUCCAUGGAUUUCUAUGAAAGAAGAUGCCUCCAACAAAACAAAAGACCCAGUGAAGAGUUUAGGAAUGCAGUGGUCAUUCUCAAAUAAGGGUUCAAACCUUCCUCAAUUCUUGUCUUUCAAGAACACUCAUGAAGAUAGGUCAAGAAACACUGUUAUGGAUCCAGUAACUUCUUCUGGAUAUAUGACUAUUUCAAAUAAAGAUGCUUUUGAGUCUAAUCACAAAUCAUUCUUGGGUGUGACACAGGAAAAUUUGUCCAUGGGAAAGCAAGUAGGAAACAAGCAUGGAAUGACAGUUUAUCCUUUGCAAUCUUCUGAUGCACAAUUUUCAGUUUCAAACCAAUCUAAUAAUCAAAUGGUUAAUUCAGUUACAAGAUCACAAUCUUUUGGUUCUAAAUCCUCUGCCACACCUGUAUCUGUUCUUCCAUCAAUAGGUUCCAUAGUUGGUUCUACUGACUUGAGGAAUAGGAAUUGUUCCAAAUCCAAUGGUACUAUGACAAUUUUUUAUGGUGGUUCGGUAUGUGUAUAUGAUUACAUAUCUCCCGAGAAGGCUAAGGCUAUCAUGUUACUAGCUGGAAAUGGCACUAAAAUGCAACCAGAAAUCUCUAUUCCUUCCAAAAAAGAUGGUUUCAAUAUAAGCCAAUCAUACCCCUCACCAUUGCCAAGUCCUCUUCCAAUGACCUCUCAUGUAAGUAGCAACAAUGAAGUCACAAUAAUAAGAUCUUUAGGACCUUCAAAUGCCCCUACCAACACCUUGGAAUCUCCUAUUGUUGCUACUUCUGUAGGAUCUACACCUACAAAAGUGAUUCAACAAGUAGGCUUGCCUCAGGCACGAAAAGCAUCGCUGACUCGGUUUUUGGAGAAGCGAAAGGAAAGGGCAAUGAGCACAUCACCAUAUUAUAUGAGCAAGAAAUCACCUGAAUGCAGUACUCCUGGAUCAGACAGUGCUAGUUUCUCCAUUGACUUCUCUAGUUCAAGUCCUAUACCAGCCACAAACAUGCCCUUAAGAAGAACAUGUAUGGAAGGAAUUAGAUGAUAUAAUAUAUAUACUUUUUUAGUUGUAAGAUCAAUUAUUUAAUUUGAUCAUUGGCAGAGAAUUUUCGUAGCCAUUUUGGUCCCUCUCAAUUACUAUGUCUUUUGUUUCCUAAGCUUUUUAUAAUUAUCACUUCUUCUUUUUUUUUGUAGUAUUUUACUUCAUUGUGAAGAUCUACCAUGUUGUCAUAUUUUUGUUUCAAUCAUGUUGUAUAAUUUCACUUUAUAGAUACGACAUUGAAUAAUAUUUAGAUUCAUUAUGGUUCUUUUAUUGAGGAUUGUAGGGAUCUUUCAGCUAUUAACAAUAAUUUUCAAGUUGUUUUUA